AGAAGAAUCUGGCUGGCUGGCAAUCUGACAGCGAAUUUUUAAUAUUUUGUAAAUAAAUAAAUAAGAAAAUGGAUAAGUUGUGAUUUUGCUAGUAAUUUUAUAAAAUCAGACGAAAUGGAUUAUUUUAACAAAUAUCUGAAUCAAGUGGGUCACUCUCUAAGCAGUUCCGUGAGCCAGACUGUUUCCCAAUUAUCUGGAGUCCUUCCAGGGAACCCAGUUACCAGAGAAUAUGAAUCUUCUGCACAUAUAGCAUCUGCAGGACCAGGACUCCUCUGGAAGAUCUAUAAGGGAGUGAAGAGUUCCACAAAGCAAGAAGCCUCAAUAUUUGUCUUUGAAAAGAGACAAUUGGAGAGGUAUAAUAAGAAUGACAGGGAGUUCAUUCUCGGAACAUUAAGGUAUGGAGUACAACAAUUGACAAAAAUCCGACAUCCUCAAGUACUGACUGUGCAACAUCCCUUAGAGGAAAGUCGUGACAGUAUUGCUUUUGCUACAGAACCGGUUUUUGCUAGUUUAGCAAAUAUUUUAGGAGAAACAACAAAUAUGCCUCAACCCACUAACAUGUCAGGCUAUAAACUUUUCGACAUAGAAAUCAAGUAUGGACUACUACAAAUCUCCGAAGGGCUGCAAUUUUUACACGAUGACGUAAAGUUACUCCACAAGAACAUUUGUCCAGAAAGUAUUGUCAUAAAUUCUUCUGGGGCAUGGAAAAUUUUCGGCUUGGAUUUUUGCCUUCAUAACACAAAUCCACCAAAUCAGGUUCCCAAUUUCCCAUUCCAAGAUUAUUCACCGACCUUGCCGAGUGUUUCUCAGCCCAAUUUAAAUUAUUUAGCACCAGAAUGUGUGAUAAGUCAGAGUCAUUCAACUGCUAGUGAUAUGUUUUCUCUAGGAAUGCUAGUCUACACAAUUCAUUCCAUGAGUAAUCAAUGUUUGUUUCCCAUAAAGGAUUUGCAACAAUUUAAAUCUAGAGCUCAACAGUUAAAAGCUCUUAAUUUGAGUAAACUACAAGCCAUUCCAGAAGAUUUGAGAGAGUUCGUAAAACUGCUGUUGAAUGUUACUCCUGAAAUUAGACCUGAUGCUCAUCAGUUUAUUAAGAUCCCUUACUUUGAUGAUGUAGGAGUAAAAACACUCUCCUACCUCGACUCCUUGCUCCAGUGGGACAACUUGCAAAAAUCUCAGUUCUAUAAGGGGUUGCCAGAGGCCUUAUCUAAAUUACCUCAUAGGGUCAAAUUACAAAAGGUCUUAUCGUGUGUGGUCCGGGAUUUAGGCCAGCCAACUAUGGUGCCUUUUAUUUUACCAAGCAUAUUUGAUAUCGCCCAAAACUGUACGAAAGAGGAAUACACAGAGUAUGUGCUGCCACACUUGAAACCUCUGAUGAAGUUAAUAGAUCCAAUUCAGAUUCUACUAAUAAUGCUGCAACGUAUGGAGCUCUUACUAAAAUUGACGCCUGCGCAGGACGUGCAGCAACACGUAUUGCCAAUGUUAUAUCGUGGGUUGGACUCUGACUCCUCGCAGAUUCAUGAGCUUUGUCUAUCAGUGUUACCAACCUUCGCAGGGCUUCUAGAUCAUUCCAACGUAAAAAACAGUCUUCUACCUCGAAUAAAGAAGUUGUGUUUAAGUACAUCUACACUAAGUGUGAGAGUUAACUGUUUACUUUGUGUUGGUAAACUGUUAGAGCACUUAGAUAAGUGGCUGGUUUUAGAUGAGGUUCUACCAUUCUUACCCCAAAUCCCUUCUCGAGAACCUGCUGUGCUUAUGGGUAUAAUGGGGAUAUAUAAAAUAGCAAUGAACCACAAGAAAUUGGGCAUUAGCAAAGAAAUUAUGGCUGUUAGAAUUUUGCCGUUCCUUAUUCCUCUGUGUAUCGAAAAUGGACUGACCCUAGCACAAUUCGGCGCAAUCACAUCGUUAGUUAAAGAUAUGUUUAAUGCUGUUGAAACAGAACAUAGAACCAAACUGGAGCAGCUAAACAGUGUUAAGGACGAGCAGAAGAUCCUUACCUCUUCCAUGCCUGCAAUAACACCUACAGCGAUGCCGUUAGUUAAUGAUGCCUUCGGGGGACUUAGUUUGGAUAAUUUUAGCUCUAAGAAAGUAAAUCCUGUGAAUAGUUCAAAUGGUUCACUAUCCUUAGAGCAAAAACAGGCUAUGGCAAAGCAGCAGGAAACCUUAAAAGUUUUUAGCAAGCAGACUAGUAUAGAACCUCAAAAGAUUUCAAGCCCGCCAAAAUCUGAACCAAAGAAUAUGACAUCUUUAUUGGAGGAGUUCGGAAGCUUUUCACAGAGCCCAAAUACUGUAAAGUUUAACAAUAAUUUUCAACAAACUCCCAGCUCUGUAAAAUUGAAUAACAAUCCUGUAGGCCAGGCUUUAAAUAGCAACCUGAAUCAACUGUCCAGAGGACCGAUAAAUAAUAAUUUUGCUGCUGCCUCCAACGUGUAUCAACCUCUUUUGCCACCCACCCAAAAUCUUAACUUGAAUGCAAACCAACCCUCAUUCAAUCCGUGGAUGGCAAACCAACCUCAAAGUUCAAAACCGCAAGCCAAUCAAAACUGGUCUGCCCUAGAUAGUUUAUUGCCUUCUCUCGGAAACACCGGCAGUAACAAAGUUCCUUUAAAUGAAAUAGGUAAAACCAGUAAUGGUAAUAAUAAUAAUAAUAGUGGAAAUCAGUUAAGCAAGAAUGAUUUAUUAGAUUUUUUAAACUAAAUUGUGAUAUCGUAGAUUUUAAACAUUUCUGGUUUGAGAUCACAAAUAUGCAAAACAAAUUGAUGAUUUAAAAUAUUUUUGAGGUUUUUGUUUGGUAUUGAGUUAAAAUAUUGACUUUAUAGUCUGAACGAGUCGGGAACGAAAAAGAUUUCAUCAUUUUUAAAAAUUGGGUUACAACUUAAUAGAAAAAAAAAUGGCGAAAUUUUCGACCAUUCUUUAACAUUCCAUUGCAGACAGCAUCCACGCUAUAUAAAUCCUUUUGUAAUUGAUUUAGUGUUUACAAAAUUGUCCAAUAUCUUAUCAUUGUAAAAUUUGAAAGAUAUACUCAUAAAUUAAAUGUAGUUUCACAGACUUGAAGGUUAACCCUUGGAUACAUUGACAUAAAGGAUGCAGGAAGUUAAGGACAUCUUUAAUAAAUAGUUUACGAUCUCAGCCAUUUCUUCUUCUGUUUUGCAACAAAAUACAAUGCAUUUAAUUAGCUGCCGCUGGGUUUUCAGGUUUCUUUUCUUAGAUGUUAAAUUAUAGUAUUUUUUUUAAACUGCAAUACAAGGAUUUUACUAAAUAAAUUAUUUAUUGUUAUAAAAAUAGAUUAUUUUAUGCCACAUUUUUUUUUAAAUUAAAAUAUAUUUGACGAAAAUUAUGCUUAUCCAACUUUGUAAUUUAUUUAUUUAUUUCUGUUAAAAAUACUUUAAAUUAUCGAUAUAAUAUGAAUUUAUUAUAUUCAAUUUCAGAAGAAUAAUAAAUAAUAACUCCCCA